AUGCCUAUGACUUGGGAUGCCGCGGCUGAUGCCAAGUAUGUGCUAAGUUUCCACCUUCAAAACANNGACGUCACCGCCAAAGCCAUAACCCACCGUCUCUCCAAGAUCAAAGCCCAUGCCUCUGCCUUGGACCCUUCCACCCCUUCUUCCUCUCGCAAACGCAACACUCCCACCACAAAACCCAGCUNNCCUCAAAAAUCCUCCACCUCCAAAACCACAGGCAAAGGAAGUAAGACCCUGUCAGCAACCCACACAAUCACAACCCUAAUGCACGACACCGGCUCCGACGACGAAGAAGACUUUUCCGCCACUCCCUCCAAGUCCUCUUUCUCCACUACCACUACUAACCCAGCAAAGAAGAGAAAACUAGGCAAGGCUCCAAAGAUCGAAGAUGCAGAUGAAGCAGGUUUCUUUCCUGGUAUGGGUGGAGACGAAGAAGACAAUGGCGAUGCUAUUGAUUUCAGUGUUGGUUACACCUCCAGAACCACUAACGUCAAGGUCGAGCACGAAGGAAACAACAACGGCGACGAGGGAGGAAUGAUCGAUCUGACCGCAGAGGAGGAUGCAGAUGGCGGUGCUGAGAAAGAGGCAAACGCCGCAAAUGUCAAAGGCAAGGGAAAGCAGGGAGGAGGUAUUGGACCAUACCUCCCUGUCAUCAAGAAGGAAGUCAUCGAGGUUGAGGAUGUGGUCGAGGCUGAUGACGAUGAGAUGGCUAUCUAA